AUGCUCGGUCUGCGCUGCCGCGUCCCCGCGGGCUCUCGCGCGCCUGCUGCUCGCUUCCUCUCGGCCGCCCCGCCCUUUUCGGUCACUCGGGGCAGCUGCGGCGUGCGCGCGGCGAUUGGCUGCCUCAGUCGGGGCGCCACAGGCCUGGGUUGCGACGCGAGCGGAGCGGGCGCUUAAGGAUCCCGGGGCUCGUCAGAUAUAGCCAUAUUUGCCUUGCACAAGAGACCUCGGGGGAAGUGAGAGCCUACCAGUAGCUGAGCAGCUGACUAUGAAUUCUGAGCAGAACAUGCACGAAUUAGGCAAUGAAGUCCCAUCUGAGGACCUUGAACUACCAGGAAGAAAAUCCAGCAAUUUUCAGGUCAUCGGUCCUUGUCCAGAUGAAGGUCUAUCUGCAAAGUGUAGUGUUAUGGAAUGUGGAACGAAUUAUGAAUCUGUGAUUUCUCAUCAAGCUAUCCCAGACUUAAAUAAAGAGGCAUCAGUAGCAUAUCUUCAAAAAGAACUGGAAAUUCUCAGAGCAAGCAAUAAAAAGCUUCAAGAAAAACUAGCUAAAGAAGACAAAGAAAAGAGAAAAUUGAAGUUGAAGUUGGAACUCCAGGAGAAAGCAGCGGAGGCCGACAUUGCGGAAAGGACUGCAGCUUUGGUUGAAGAAGUAUAUUUUGCACAGCGAGAACGUGAUGAAGCUAUUAUGUGCAGACUGCAGUUAGCCCUUGAGGAGAGAGAUGAAGCCGUUGCACGUGUGAAACAUAUGGAAAUGUCACUAAAAAUGCUAGAAAAUAUUAACCCUGAAGAAAAUGACAUGACAUUACAGGAAUUACUGAACAGAAUAAACAAUGCAGACACUGGGGUAGCUAUUCAGAAGAAUGGAGCUGUGAUUGUGGAUAGAAUCUGCAAGACCAAGGAGUGUAGAAAGAGGAUAACUGCAGAAGAAAUGAAUGCAGUCCUGGAAGAGCGGGAUGCGGCUUUGUCUCAGUGCAAACGGCUGCACCAGGAGCUUCGUCGUCUGAAAGAGCAGAACCAGACUUCAGCAAACACCGCGAGACACCCGACUGCUGAAAACAAUCAGGAACGUGCUCUGAAGGCAAAAUUAUUAUCAAUGCAGCAAGCCAGAGAAACUGCAGUUGAACAGUACAAAAGACUGGAAGAAGAAAUCCAGACAUUACGAGUUUACUACAGUUUGCACAAAUCCUUAUCUCAAGAAGAAAACUUGAAGGAUCAGUUUAAUCAUGCCCUUAGUACCUAUGAAGAAGCCUUGAAAAACAGGGAGAGCGUUGUUUCCAUCACUCAACAACAGAAUGAAGAACUGGCCACCCAACUUCAGCAGGCUCUGACUGAGCACGCAAACGUGGAAUUACAGCUCCAGUGUGCUGUGGAGGCCUCCCAAGCAGCCAAUGAGAAGGUUCAGAAGUAA